ACAGAUGGAAGUACUUCAAACGAAACGACAAGUUCUUCAAUAUUCGCAUCGUUUGACUCGACUAAUAAGCUAUACGACCGAAAAUUGUAAGAGCAGUUAGUGAAAUAACGAUCAAAGAGAGAAAAGGGGAAAAUAAAAAACGAUAAGACAUGCACAGUUACUUUUGUAUUGCUUAGCUUUGUUUCGAGGACCGUGACCGUUUAUUUUUACGUUCCGCAAUUUUGUGUCAACCUUAACCAGCACUACAUUCGCUGUUGUCCAAGACACACCGGCGGGAGAAUCGAACCACUUGAAUUUCUGCAAGAAUUCUCCGUAAAACCUUUUGCAAUGGCACAGAAAAUGGAUAUCAACGUUAUGCCAGUGAUCGGUGGAGUGUGCUGUUAUUGUAUACUGCUUUUAUACCUGGGCAAGAAAUUCUGGUACUAUUUUGAUUUCUUCUUGUCGCUCGUAGCAGGAACAGGUCUGUUGACGCUGGCACCACAGUUUAUUAAAACCCAGGUUGAAGUUCGUGUUGAUGGCGUUCAUCUGUUCAUGGUUCGAGCAUUUGGUAUAAUGCUGCUUGGUUCAGCCUAUCUUUGGUGGAACGUACGCAAUUCCAAAGACAUCACCGUCCACACGACCCUGAUGUGGGCCAGGGUGAUGGGUGGAGCAGCUGCUUUACUUGCUCAAGGUUUUGCUCAGUUCAACAAAGCCAGUCGUAUGACCCAAGAGCAUUUGUACAUCAGUGUGUUGCUGACAGUUCUGUGGACCCUGGGUAACUUGAUCUACUGCAUGCGGAGCACUGAGUGGGGUGGCUACAUGGAAACACGGAGCAAGCUGAACAACUUCCUUCACACCGAUUUCGUCAUCACGCUGAUAUUUGGAAUCAUGUUUUAUGCCUAUCCCGUUUGGCUUUUGAGAGUUCAGACUUCUUUACCAAGAUUAAACGUUGUUCACGCUCAUUUGUACCGUCUGUUUGGUUCAGCCCUCAUGAGUUCAGCAAUCAUUUCAGGACGUGCCUCUAAUUUUCUCAUAGCCUCCGACAAACGCGUUCAGCUGUACACCAGAGUUCUGAUCAAUGUUGGAUUAAUUAUCCUGUUUUUAGUGACGUACUUCAGCACUGCUAAACACAACGACUGGUCAGUCCCCAACACACCUUUCAUACUCGGGGUCGUCGGUAUCUGGACCCUCAAUGCUUUCUGUGGCAGCUAUUCAUUAGCCUAUUUCAAAAACUGAAACCUUUCAACCAGCACAUUCGUUUGAGAAGAACUUUGAGAAUUUAAGUAUUUUUUUUUCUCUUAGUCAGUGUGUAAAAUGAAAAAAAAAAAAAGAAUUGAGAUUUUAAAAGAGAAUUUUUUAAAGGAUCUGCGAAAAAAUUUUUAAAGUGCUGCCAAACAUUUUGUGUAAUUAUCAAAUUCACACACAUACACCAGCCCUUACAUGAAGCACACACACACACACACACACACACACACACACACACACACACUUUACAUGAAAAUCAGAUUUUUAUGCUGAUAUCUGCUGGUGUUCCCUUUAACCCUUCAGAAUCUCAAUAGUUUGGUAAAGCUGAAGGAAUCGGAAUCUUUUAUCAAAUUCUCUUACAGCAGCAAUAUAUAUUUUUUUAAAUGUGUAACGAGAGAAACUUCUAUGGAAAAAAAAGAUUUUUAAUUUUUUUUUUUUUUAUUUGUUUUGGCUAUUUAUUAACGUCUUUUUAUGUCUUGUAACAACAAAAACCCAAAUUACACUUAAAACGAAGAAUGUCCUUUUUUAUUAUUAUAUGAUUUAGCUCCAAUUUACCGUUUUUCUCCCCCACCUUCUCUGCUUGUUUUUAUAUCUCCAUAGAUAUUUUUGACCAUUUCUCAUCAUGCUCUCUAAUUCCAUCCAUUACCGUCUUCACCCCAAAACGAAAUCCUUCUUUUUUAACGACAAUUUCACCAGUAAUUCAUUUUGAAAUAACUUUUUUCCCCCCCAUUUUUAACAGACAUUUUCCUUUUUCUAAACUUAGUUUGAAUUUGAAAAAAAAAAUAAUAAAUGGCUAUAACAUUG